AGCAGCCCGUGUCACUAAGCAUGUCAAAGAGCCUUUAAAUCACAACUACGCUCGUUCGUGGGAGCACACUUCAUUCAAACAGGUGUGCAUCUGCAAGACAGGAAUGGAUCCGUUUGCUCUGCCAGAGGAACACUGUAUAGAGAUUAUUGAUUUCUUGGAUGGAGACGAACUGUACUUCCAAGACGAGGAGCAAUGCGGAGAUUACGAAGCCGAUGCCUUGCAGCAGUGUAGUCGGGGGCUGUCCAGAAUGAUCCUGAAUAAUAAAGGACAGUACCUGGUGGCCAGUAAAGACUUGAUCCCUACGUUUGAAGACAAGACCAGAAGACAGCUGGAUUGUGAUAGUGUCCUGUUCAUGAUUAAGCUGUACAAAAACACAGAAGGCGGCAGCUUACCUGUAGCAAUUCAGAUUAAAAGUGGAGACAAACUCAAAAGCUUGAAGUGUGAAGAAAAAGAAAAAAAGGUUUUGCUGGUGGAAGGAGAAGCCCCGGGAUACAUAGAGAAUAACCGUCAUGCCAUGGUGUUCUAUAUGAAGGUAGUGGAAGAUGUUCACGACAAGUACACGUUUCAGUCCGCCCUGUGGUCGGACUGGUACCUGGCCUUUGAGCCGGACGAUUCCCAGUACAAGCUGGUUCUGAAGUACAUGGGGGAUGAGGUGGAUGGACACGUGGACGAAAGCGUUCAUUUUGAACUUCAGCAAAAAGAGAAGUAAAAAAAAAAAAAAAAAAAAAAACGUCACCCUUUUUCAAAGUGUGUCUGUAGAAAUUAAAUCCUGUUUGAUACUCCAAAAAAUACGCGGGGGUAAAAGACAACUGCCGUGCAGCGCAGUUCAAUGAAUAUCAAACUAAAUUAUUAUUAUUAUUAUUAUUAUUAUUAUUAUUAUUAUUAUUAUUAUUAUUAUUAUUAUUAUUAUUAUUGUUGUUGUUGUUGUUAUUAUUAAUAUUUAAAUAGACUACAAAUAAUCAAAGUUAAGUUAGGAGUCUGGUUUUGAAAGAAAAUAAGGGACAUUUCUUCAUUUGUUUGCCUUCCCUUCGGGAAAUGGGUUAUUGGUGCACCUCCUGUAGGUCUUUUCACCUCGGCAGUGUCUUCACAGCCACCUCAUUGGCUUUAAAGCAAGUCAGUCAAUAGGGGAUGCAGGUGGUUGGGUAACGAAUGGACAGAAGACGUUAAAGGGGUGGGGGCAAUUUCAGGGCAGGUGUUCGGUCCAGGCAUUGUAGGAUUCUCCAGGCAAGCUCAAAGCCAGGGAAAGGCAGCUUUAGAGAAACAUGCAAAAAAAACAAAAGCCUCAAUAUUGGGGAAAUUGAACCCAGAAACACACGGAUUGAAAUAUGCCUUAAAAUACUGAGGGAGAUUAAUAAUAAUAAUAAUAAUAAAUAAUAAUAAUAAUAAUAAUAAUAAUAAAA